AUGUCCCCUUUUGAUUCUCCUCAGCUAACAGUAGAGAGCAGUCACAGCAUGAACACCAGCACUAGUCCAAAUGGAGGUGAUGUGCUCCUGAAGUGGGGCCACAGAAAGAGAUCAAGGCUCUCCAGGGCUGCCAUUGAAGACUCAUCAUCUUCUGUUCACACCAACAACAGAAGAAUCUCCCAUUCCGUUCCUCCCAGCUUCUCCAUGCCCCCGCCGCCACCACCACCACCACUUGUUUCUUCCACUGCCUCCAGUGGAAGAGUUAGAAAGCACAGCCCUAGAGCCAGGAAUUUGGAAGAUCCCUUUUUAGGUGGAAGUGAGUCACCCUCAAGAAACAGUCAGGAAAGUAACCCAAUUGUCUCUAAAUCUGCAACACCAAAACUGUCUUCUUCUGGGAUGGAAAGAAGUAGCAGAAGGGUGCCUUCUUCUGGAUCAGCAAAGUGUCAAAAGCCAAGUGCAUUUUCAACAACACAAGCAUCUGAGAGGCUGAAUAAUAGUCAAGGGGAUUCGAUCUCAGUGCAAUCUGAACAGGAAGGUGGUGCUGCCACCACUCCUGCUACCUCAUCCAUUGCUGCCAAUGGAAACAAGGUCACUGUUGAGGUAAUUCAUUGGCCAAGGAUAUAUGUUGCUCUCUCGAGAAAGGAGAAAGAAGAUGACUUUCUUGCAAUGAAGGGGACAAAAAUCCCUCAAAGACCAAAGAAGAGAGCAAAGAAUGUUGACAGGAUUUUACAGUGCUGUUUCCCUGGGAUGUGGUUAUCAGAACUGACAAAGAGCAGAUAUGAGGUUAGGGAGAAGAAGUCCGUGAAGAAGCAAAAACGCAGAGGCUUGAAAGGGAUGGAAAGCUUGGACACCGACUCGGAGUAG